AAUGCUCUUUUGGCACCAUUUCCAUUAUCUUUAUAUCUACAAACAUCAUAUUUAAAUUAUAGUGUUAAAAUUUUACAAGGUGUCAUUUUUCAAGAUGGUAAACCUCCGUUAGAGAAUCGUCAUGUUCAAUGGAUGAGAAGACUUGAAGAAGAAGCAUUAAAAAAUUUAUAUCGUUCCUUUAAAAUAAAAUUAGUUAAAGAAGACGAAACAGAACAAUGGUAUGGGUGUACUAAAAAUACAUCCCGUUGCUUUCCUCCAGUUGUUUCUUCAUUACCAUCAUAUUUAAUUGAAAAAAAAUUAACUCCUCCAUGUUGUAUGUCAAAUUUACGUAAAACCGCUUUACAUGUUUUUAAGAAUCUUGAAGAUUGUGGUAUAAGAUAUUGGUUGGAAGGCGGUAGUUUAUUGGGGGCUAUGAAACAUGGUGAUAUUCUUCCAUGGGAUUACGACGUUGAUGUAGGGGUCAAUAGGGAUGAUCUAUCUAGAUGUGUUUGGUUGGAAAGAGCGAAAUUUAAACCUGUGGUUGAUUUGAAAGGUUUUUAUUGGGAAAAAGCUGGGGAGGGGAACUAUUUUCGCGUUCAUUAUAGUAAAAAGAAUCGAAUUUUUGUGAACAUAUUUCCGUUUUAUGCUAAAAAUGGAACAAUGUCUUUAGACGGUUGGAACUUGAAUCGUAAACGAAUGGAAUUUCCCGAUCAUUUUUUGCAUCCCAUGUCGAGUAUUAGUUUUUGUGGCCGAAACGUACCGAGUCCUAAUAAUAUAAGAGAUUUUUUAGAGUUAAAGUUUGGUAGAGGGUCAAUUGAAAAUGCCCAAUAUCCUGAUUUAAAUGUUAUGCAUUUUCCGUAAAAAAAAAAUUACAUAAAGAAUAGUUUGCUCUUAGAUUUUUAGAUCGAUCUUUCGAAAAUAACGAUCUUAACAUGUGUUAUUUCCUGUGAUAAAAAAUGAAUAAUAUAAGUUACAUUUUUUGUGCCAAAACGUUCAAAUAUAUUGUGAUUUGAUCAGUAUUAUUUACUUGCUCAUUUGAAGAGAACCAUUUUUAUUGUAGGUUUUUAAAAAAAUACGCUUGUUAUUAGAGUGAAGAAAACUAUAGACGUUAUUAUCUAUAUGUCUUUAUUAAAUGUUAUUAGAUUAUAAAAAGAAAAUAUACAAAAAAUAUUUGAGUUGUAGAGUACUCUCUUGUACACUUAAUAUUGUUGUAAAUAAAAAUUAUUAUGCAGAUGAU